AUGUCUACCCCUACUACUACUACUCCUCCCAACAACGACACCAAUCGACUUCGAAGACUCCAACGGAAACUCGGACUCGAUGACAACGACGAGAACGAAAGUGUCCAUAGUGACCUUGCCGAAGCGCCGUUGUCUCCCUCUAUCUGCAAUGCCACCCAGUCAUUUCCCCCAACUUUCGAUCUUUCACCCGCCGAAGAAUUGUACCCAUCACUUCGGACUCCAAUGCGACUACUUCGGACCUAUAGUGUCCGAGAGGAAGACCUCGAGCAACUUGGUGCCAUCGUUCCUAUAUUUCGAAAGAUGGUUUACUCUAUCCUCAAAACCAUCCACAAUGGCAACUUCCUUCUCAAACACGCUAUGGUACCGAUGGCUUUUGACCGAGCAGUCGUCACUCGCAACAAGAAGCUCCGUGACCAUAUGGCGCGGAUUUCUACAGCCAAGCCUCUUGCUGUUGGAGAUCUCAGCGAGGUUGUUCGUAUCGCUGAGAGCAUCCUGGACAACUUGUUCUUCCUCCACAAGGAGGCGGCGGAACUGGAACAGACAAUGGCCUCAGCGGACGGCACGACCCCCGCUUCCAAACCCCUUCCAGAACUUCCCACUACUGUUGACGAGGCUGGCAAUGAUGAAGGUGGCAAGGAGACAGGUGCAAAGGAUGAUGAAAUUCACAAAGAGGCAAGUGAAAAAGAUGAAAGUGGCAAAGAUACCGGUGGCAACGAUGCAUCCGCAGCUGAAGACUUUCCCAGCGAGUCUGAAGAUGAAGAUCCUUCUCCUCCCCUCAUAGCUGCCGCACCCAGAAAGAAAAAAUUUGCGUUCGUCAAACGGCUUCUUCCGAUUAUCUCUUCCUCCACUUCCGACAUCCAAUCAUUGUCGGCCACACCGAUAACUGAUUCUCCUCAACCUAUCGAGGACAUGUCAUUCACCUUCCGCCAAUCUCGUCUUUUCGACUGCACAGACCCAGAACAACCAGCUGAACGAGUCUCAAUGCCGAUGCCAGAUGUUUCCGUUCGCCUUGAUCGUCAUGGUCAUGUUCAAGCGGCCUCUGUCCCCGCUAUUAUCCUGCUCCUUACUUCUCGCCAAUCCUCUGAUUUUCACCAAAUGGCGCAAACGCUGUUUCUAUCCUUCCGCUUAUUUUGCACACCACCUAGCUUGAUGAGAUUUUUCGAAGAGCGGUGGGACGAUGAAUAUCCCUUAGGUACCACCUUUACCCCGAGUCAACAACGUGUCUGGGACCAACAUAUACUCCACGCCCGGACUUCGAUCGCCAAUCUUAUCAUCUUAUGGCUUAAUAACUAUUGGCGGCAAGAUAAUGAUGGGUGCGUUGUGGAACGCUUGCGCCCCUUCAUCAAAGGCUUUUCAAGCGCCGGCAUUCCAGAGCCUAUUGCCAAGGCGGCGAGGAGGGCGUUUCGUCGAGCUAUCAGCCGCGACAGUGCAGGGAAAAUGUCCACUCGACUUCAACACGCUCGCGCAGCUGCGCAAGAGUACCACGCACCCCCCGUUGUCUUAAGACAAUUCGUACCGGUCCUCACUCCCGAGGAAGAUUAUAUUUUCCAAAUCCCUACACUCAUGAACCCCGUGGGCCAGGAAUGGUUCGCGGCACAGAUCACAUGUCUUGCCAGCAAUUACUACUGCGAAAUCCAACCUGAAGACAUUCUUGAACAGUGGCUAUAUCCUGGAGAGGUAAACCGAGACCCAGGCGACAUGGAGAAUUUUGAACCGCUGUUUUUGCAUUGGAUUGCAGAAGGUAUCCUGAUAGAGGAGGAGCGGGCGGAUCGUGUCAAGUAUAUGGAAUUUUGGAUAGAUGUGGCUAUGUUUUGUGUCGAGCUGCGCAACUUUUCGGCUGCCUUUGCUAUAUACGGGGCCCUGGUCUUCUACCCCAUCAAGCGUCUCUGGCGCACUAUAUUGGACAUUAGUGCUGCCAGCAAGGAGACAUUCCGCAAACUGAGUAAUUUAUUCAGCCCGGAAGACAAGUUUGCUGCUUAUCGUGAGGCGAUUGCUGCAUACCAUUUGCCCACAAUCCCAGUUUUCCUCAUUUUAAAGGAAGAUGUUCUGUCGAUCUGCGAUUUGGGUGGAUUGAUCAUUCCCCAACCCCACCGCGUACCCUUCAUUAACAUUGCUGCCGUCAAUGAAUUGAGCAACAUCAUCCAGUUCCUCGAGUCGUGUUUUGUGCCAUAUAACAUUGAAAAAGACACCACCUUCGUGAGGCUACUGAUAACACGCCUCAACGAGCAAACAUCGCUCUAUCCUUAUAGCGACUACAUUGAACGCUCCGAAGAACUCGAACCAGCGCCUCCCGAUGACCUUCGUAUCGACAAUGAUCUGUUGUGGUUCCAAAGAGCUGAGGAAUCGGUUGACGGCAAGCUCACUCUUUACUCUGCUCUCGAAACGACGACGACUGCCCCUGCGCCUCCGAUAAUCAAGCGCAAAAAAUCGUUGGCAGACUCGGUGUUCACUCGUCUUGGACUUUGGUCCAAAAAAACUGCGAACGCAUCUCCAUAG